AUGGGUAACAUGAUCUAUCAAGAUCCAAGUAGGAUCCAAGAAGAAGAAGACAUUGUUGAAGGUGUUUCAAGAUUCUCUGAGGAAGAAGAAGAUUCAUCAUCUUGUUCAUUAUCUUCUAUGUGUUCUUCCUCUGAUUUAACAGAGGAUGAUGAUGCUUCUUCAUCUUCUUCAAAUGGACCUCUUGAAGAUCUCUCUGACCUCAUGUCUCAUCUCCCUAUCAAGAGGGGAUUGUCAAAGUUUUAUGAAGGAAAAUCUCAAUCAUUUACAUCACUAGCAAAUGUUAAAAGCCUUGAAGAUCUUAUGAAGAGAGGAUUUAAAAACAGGAAUUAUGGAGGGAGAAGGAAGUUAUGUAGAAGCACUGGAGGAAUCAUAGAUCAAAGCUACAGAAGUGUUUAUAGUCCAAAAGCUACAAUCUCCAAGAAAACCUCAAGAACACCUUCUUCUACUCUCUCUUCUUGUCUAUCCAGAAGAAGGCAUUAA